UACACAAAUGAUGUGAUGACGAAUGAGGGAUGAGAGCAGAUAUAAUGAUCACACUGUUUAAAGCUGCAGACAGAAACAUCAGACUCAGGACAGAAACACACGACCUCUAAAAAAUGGAGCAAACUCUAUAUUUCAUUCUUCUUCUCAUUGCUCUCUGCUCUGUAUCUGAAUGUGUUCAGCGUCAGUAUCACUUUAUAAACGUGAAGAAGACCUGGACUGAAGCUCAGAGAUACUGCAGAGAGAAUUACACAGAUCUGGCCACCGUUGACAACAUGAACGACAAGAAGAGUGUGAAUGAUGGACGUGUCUGGAUUGGGCUGCAGAAGACGGGUGUUGAUAAAUGGCAGUGGUCUUCAGGUGAUCCUGUGCUCAAUCUGAACUGGGGAUCUGGACAACCUGAAGGCAGAGAUUAUUGUGCUAUGAUGAGAAAUGGACAAUGGCAUGAUUUCCCAUGUAGUACCAGCCUGACUUUCAUCUGCAAUUCAUCUAACAACAUGAACACAGGACUCGUCUUUGUUGAUAAGAAGAAGGAAUGGAGAGACGCUCAGAGUUACUGCAGACAGAAUCACAUUGAUCUGGUCAGUGUGAGGAACCAGAAUGAGAGUCAACAGCUUCAGAAGUUCAUCACUGAUAGUCACAUAUCUGAUGAUGUCUGGAUUGGUCUGUUCAGAGUCAGAGACUCAUGGCAGUGGUCAGAUCAGAGUAACUCCUCAUUCAGAUACUGGAAGUCUGAUGAACCUAAUAAUGCUGGAGGAAAUGAAAACUGUGCAGCGAUCGAACCGAACACUCAGGGACAAUGGAUAGACAUCUCUUGCAACAACCAGUUUCCUUUUGUGUGUCAUGAAGUUUUGUGUCCAGAUAAACUGAUUCUGAUCAAAGAGAAGCUGACGUGGUCUGAAGCUCUGAGAUACUGCAGACAGAAUCAUGUGGAUCUGGUCUCGGUUCAUUCAGAAGAGAUUCAGCGUGAGGUGAUGAAUGUGGUUAAACAGGCGUCUACUGAGGCGGUGUGGUUGGGUUUACGUCACUCCUGCACUGUGGGCCUCUGGUUCUGGGUGAGCGGACAGACCGUGUGCUAUCAGAACUGGGCGAUUGAUGAUUCAGAGAACUGUGAUUCUGCAGUGAGAUCUGGAGCAGUUCAGUCUGGAGGAGAUCAGCGCUGGAUCAGCCGUCCUGAAACUGACCAGCUCAACUUCAUCUGCAGCAGAAAUUAUGAGUGAAUGGAUACACAUACAUUUCAUGUAAGAUAACAAAUGCUUGUGUGUUCACUUCCUUUAACUUCAGUUUAAUUCCUCACUUGGUUUGUUGUGAAUCAUUCAGCACACGUAUCAAACUGCAAAAGUCACGUGAUUUCAGUAAACAAGGCUUUGUUACUUUUUUAAACAUUUAGUAAUGUUAAUGGUUUGCUGCUAUGAUCUCUGUGAACCAGUGUCUAUAUGGUUACACAAUAAAAUAAAAGAGUACCACAGUAGGGUAUCAUGUAAGUCUAAAUGAACAGUUUCAAAUAUUGAAUUUUGUUGUCAAGUUGUUAAUUGUUAAGAGACUCGAUGUCCAGAACCGCUGUUUGCUUUUACAGACUCGUUCUGUGUUAUUUACUAACUUCAGAAUUAAUUGAAUUUUGUGAGGGGUCAAAGGGCAUCAUAUACUCAUCAUUAUACUGUAUGUUUAUACUGUUUUUUUUUUUUUUUUUUAAUUCUAUCGUGAUAUAAUUCAUGAAACUGAAGAUUGUGUGAGUUUUUUUUAAAUUCCUCAUUUGUGUUUUAAGGAUCUCUGUGGUGCUUCUCUCUCUUAUAUUGAGUUUCAUGUAUUAAUCAUUACUUUAUAUUAGAAAUGACUGGAUGAAUGUGAAUCAAUGAGCAGCUCAGCUAUAUUAAAUAUUGUUUAUUCUUAAAGGAGUGAAGGUUGGGUAUAAAAUAUCUAAUCCUUUUGUGCUAAACAUAAAAGUGUGGGUUUUAAUAAAGACUCGGAGCAGCCAUUUCUCAGCAAAACGCACAGAACAAAAGUGCGUCACACUUUACUGCGUGUUCAACAACAUAACAUGUAAUUCUUCUUCAGUAAGGAACCAGAAUAAUAUAUGCUUAGAGCUCCACCUAGCGGUCAUUCAAUGAAACUUAAAGGAGUAAUUCACAUGAGACGGCUUGAUAACUUAAACAGCUUUAACUGAAAUACAUAAACUAAAAACAUAAUUAUUCUGGUAAGAGUGUAUUUUUCCAACACUCCUUCUCACUCGCAAACAGAAUAAUUAAUUAACUGGUUUCACUCCAGCCAUCUGUCUCAGCUUUGUGAACUUUUCUUCACUCAGUCCUUUGGUGAAUAUGUCAGCAACCAUAUCUUCAGUCUCGCAGUAUUUCAAGUCUAUGACUCAACUUGCAGUUUGCUCUCGAAUUAAGUGGUACAUGAUGUCAAUGUGUUUGGCAUGUCCAUAAAAUUGUGGGUUCUUUGCCAUAUAGAUAGCGUAUGUACUCAGCUUCAGCAGUAGAGAGAGCUACACAUGUCUGUUUCUUGCUUCUCCAACUCACCGCUGCUCCGCUGAUUUGAAACAUGUAUCCUGAUACAUAUUUGCGAUCAUCUUGGUCUCCAGCCCAAUCUGCAUCAGAAAAUCCAAUGCAUUCCUUUAGCUUCUCUUUGCUAUACAGCAGACCUAGAUUCAGAGUGCGAUUCAGGUAUCUCAUGAUUCGUUUGACAGCAGCCCAGUGAUGCUUAGCAGGUUUAGUACUUAAUCUCGCAACAUUAUUCACAGCAUAAGCAAUGUCUGGUCUUGUUCU